AAGCCAUCCACGCAAUCUCAGCCAUUCAAAUGAAGAGACGCCGCGGGUAAGUACCCCUUUGCCACCCGCCUCCGCCAUUCUGCGCGGAGGCGAGCAACGAAAACCCUAGCGCCGUGAAGAUGGGUGAAGACGGUAAAAGUGGAGCCGCCGUCGUUCCGGAGUCUGUGUUGAAGAAGCAGAAGAGGCUUGAGGAAUGGAAUCUGGCAAAGAAGCAAGUGAUGGAAGCAGCGAGGAAGAAAAACGCUGAGAAGAGAAAGUUGAUCUUCAAGAGGGCUCAGGAAUACGCGGGAGAGUACGAGGCGAAUGAUAAGGAACUGAUUAGAUUAAAGCGCGAAGCGAAAUUGCGGGGAGGCUUUUAUGUUAAUCCGGAAGCGAAGUUGCUCUUCAUUAUCAGGAUUAGAGGUAUCAACGCUAUGCAUCCCAAGACUAGAAAGAUUUUGCAGUUGUUGCGUCUGCGCCAGAUAUUCAAUGGUGUUUUCCUGAAGGUGAACAAGGCUACUAUGAAUAUGUUACACAAGGUUGAGCCUUAUGUGACCUAUGGCUAUCCUAAUUUGAAGAGCGUGAAGGAGCUGAUUUACAAGAGGGGAUUUGGAAAAUUGAAUAACCAACGGAUUCCAUUGACGGACAAUGCCAUUAUAGAGCAGGCCUUGGGUAAGUUCGGGAUAAUAUGCAUCGAAGAUCUUAUUCACGAGAUUAUGACUGUGGGCCCUCAUUUCAAGGAAGCAAACAACUUCCUGUGGCCAUUCAAGCUCAGUGCUCCAUCUGGUGGCCUGAAGAAGAAGAGAAAUCAUUACGUGGAGGGAGGUGAUGCUGGUAACCGUGAAGACAAGAUCAACGAGUUGAUUAGGCGGAUGAAUUAAAAUUUUCCUUCUAUCCUGAAUUCGCUAUUGGUUUUUGACUCAUCAGUUCUUUCUAAGACUAGUAUAUUUUUUUUCCUUGGGGAGAUUUUUGUUUGUUUGAUGCUCUAUAGCUAAAUGAGAUACCUUUCUCUUGUGUUGAAGUAUCUUUGUUCCUUAAAGAGAUAUAACUGUUUUCAAUAUUA